CGCAAGCGCUCUUGAAUACGUUUACAAGGACGAGUCCGCCGAACAGCAGCAGCAGCAGCAGUAGCAGCAGCAGUAGCAGCACUUGGAGACAGGUAACAUCUGCCUUCGAUAACGGGGACUGAACGUUGCCUGAACGGUCACCUCCCCGUAGUACACCCGGGUUGAUCGCAAAAUGGAGGCAAACAUGGAGAUGAAAAUGAAUGACCUCAACAACCACGAUCACUACCAGAACAUGUAUCAGUUCCCAAAGUACUUUGUCAGUCCCGACGUCGCCGCCGCUGCAGCAGCCGCCGCAGCCGCGGCCGGCGUUCGCAUGUUUCAUCCCCAGGAGAGAGCGGACAUGUCGGCCGUGGCGGCGGCCAUGUUGGGAGGCGGCCCGGGCGACGGCGACUAUGAGUUGGCGAAGAAGGUGCCCAAGUACGCGCUGCCGAAGCUGGAGGACGGCGGCCGCAAGCCGUCGUGCGAGAUGGCGAUGAGCGCUGCCUCCUCGUCGCACAUCGACAGCAAGCUAAACAUCAUCGCUCCCGACGGCGAGGUGACACGAGAGUACAUGGGCGCGCGCGCGGCGAACGCGGCGCGAGGCGCCGCCGCCGGCCAGUGCAUGGGGCACCCGGGCGACAUGCUCUCGCAGACCGAGAUGAAUCGGCUCUUCAGGCAGGAUAUGCCGUACAUGCGGCAGAUGGAGGAGGCGAGGCGCCUGCACGCGGAGGCCCACGCCAACAACCAGCGUGCAGAGGGCGCCGGCGGGAGCGGCACGCAGGUGCGGGAUGCUCCGUUGAGCACGCCACCGCACGACAAGGGCGCGAUCGAGAAGGCGGCGGAGCCGGCGCGUGCGGGCAACGCGGCGGCGUCCGGCGGCGGCGGCUCGGCCACCGGCUCGGCCACCGGCUCAUUCUACAAGUGUCAGGUCUGCGACGUGGACUUCACGAGGAAGAGUUCACUCGACAAGCACCUCGUCAGCCACCUGAACGUCGGCGAGAAGCCACACAAGUGCGACCUGUGCGACACGCGCUUCACCCGCAUGGACCACCUGAAGCGGCACUUCCGCAACCACACCGGCGAAAAGCCGCACAAGUGCGAGCACUGCGACAUCGCGUUCGCCCGGCAGGACCACCUCAAGAAGCACAUCAUCACGCACACGGGAGAGAAGCCGUACGCGUGCAACCAGUGCACGCAGGCGUUCACGCGCUCCGACCACCUGAACAAGCACAAGCGCAUACACACGGGCGAGAAGCUGUGGGCCUGCGACAUGUGCAGCCUCUCGUUCACGCGCUCCGACCACCUCAGCAAGCACAAGCGCACGCACACGGGCGAGAAGAUGUGGAGCUGCGACAUGUGCAGCCUCGCGUUCACGCGCUCCGACCACCUGAACAAGCACAAGCGCACGCACAUGCGCGACAAGGAGUGGAAGUGCACGUUCUGCGCGACGACGUUCCCGCAGCUCGAGCAUCUCAACGAGCACCUGAAGGUGCACAGCGACGCCCUCAAGUGGAAGUGCGCCGCCGCCAACGAGGCCGCGGUCGGGCUGAACGCGAUCGCCGCCGCCGCGUCGUCCGUCGCGGCCGCCGCCGUGCCGCCGCCGCCGGUCGUCAACAAGCUGAGGUGCGAGCUGUGCUCGGUCACGUUCAGCCGCCUCGACCAUCUCACGAGGCACGUGAAGAACCAGCACCUCGGCGCGUUCCCAGGAACUGGAGGGAUCGGACAUUGAUUCGCGCGCGCGGCACCUAGGUGGGGGUGCGUGCACGCGAUGGUGUCCAUCGAUCGCUCGUGCGGAGUGGCGAGCGAGGCUUAUCGACAAGGACCCUGCGCAGAUCCUGUUGUCUGGCUAAGAGGAGGCCACGCUAGCGGCAUGUGGUCGGGGAUUACGGACAGUUAUCGUUGUGACACUCAUGAGCCACGGCUCUGUUAUCUCUAGAUUGUGGAAUCCACCACCUGUGUUCUACUCACCCCGGUAUAGUUACGUUUCCUGUCGACAGGUGGCAACACAGUGUCAGGUUUGUUGCGUGUAGUUGGUGGAAGAUAGAUUGGUUGGUGUUUUAGCUUUGCACUUGUUUGUAGUUUUAAUGUCGUUUUUUAUUAUUAACUACUUGCAUAAGACGUUUUAAUGGUUUUGUAACACUAUGGUAUUUUAUUCAUUUUAGGCUUAUUGACUGUUUAUUUCUGAAGCAAACUAUUGCUUUAACUUGUGCCUUACACAUUCCUUGGUUUUAGUGCUUUAGUGCUUAGCAUAUAUAUAAGUAUAUACACAUAUAUAUUUGUUUAAUAGCGUCCAUCAUCAACGUGUUAGUGAGAUUGCAUCUGGCCUAUGUGGAUUUGUGUUCCAGGUGAGUAGCGGAGUUUCGUGUGGUGUGCAUGCCUUCAAAUACCCAUGCACUGCAGUUCUGUAGCAUCUCGGAAUAUUGGCAGAGCAAUG